AUGGACGAAUGGCAGCAGAAGCAGAUCCUGCAGCGUGUAGGGGCCUUUAUGUACCUGCAAUUUUACGUCUUUUUGCACGGCUCUACAGUCGCGGACCACCCGAACAGCCUCGAAUCCUGCGGGGUCAUGGAGAAAGGCACCAGGCUACCCGGCGUUGGGGAGUUGCGUGCCCGAAUCGACUACGGCGACCUGUCGCUACAGCGCUGCAAGUUCUUUCAUGAAGAUUGCCGCUUCUUCAUCAGACAUUAUGUCGAUAAGGAUGAAAGAAAAGCCCAGGGAACUUAUUGGUGGCCAAGCGACCGCGAACAUAGGAACGCGAAUAGGCUGCAGUACAGUACCCAAAAACAACACAUAACGGAUACAAUGAGGCUUUUGUUUCUCAGGAUUAACAUCCAGUAUCACUCAAACUUGAGAUACAAAAGCAAGAAUGAUGUUCACUCGGCACGAAAACCGGCUGCACGCAAGGGCCACGGUCCGAACAGAGACCAGUCCGCUAGGGGCACCAGCGUCAACGACCCCAUCGACCUCGAGAAUGCUCACAACCAAACUGGGCUCGCCCGGAAUCGUUCAAAUGGCCCCGGAAAAGGUCUUCCAUCCGCGGCAAGCAGCUCAAAUCAUGCUGCUACCAUGGAGACUCAGCCAGGAAGGCAGCCUACCCGAGCACUGGCCCAGCAGGAAUCGCAGGAAACAGACCCUUACGAAGUGCCCAAGACUCCAGAACUUCCUGGCCGAUCAAACGCUACUCAAGAGUCGUGCGCUGGAAGAAGAGUCGCCCAGUCGAGUUCGGCCGCGCUGAGUGAUGCUACGAUAGAGGAGCGCCCUGCUGCGUCUUCUGGGACGAAGCGCGCGACAACGGCAGCUACACAGCACUCGCCCAAGAGGCCAAAAGUCAAGCUCACGCUUCGCCGGGCCUCAAACUACAAACCGGAGCGGACGCCGCAACGAAAAUCAAGCCGAAAACGAAGUUUCGUCUAUGGCUCCCUCGACUUUACUGGCGAGGGUCCUUCUCCAUCGGAAAACGCGCAGCCACUGGAGGCGGUCGCUGAGGCCGUGGCAGAGGAAGAAGCACCCUCAGAAGCAGCACAGGAUGCUCACGUGGCAGAGCAAGAAGCUACCCCAGGCGCUGUACCAGCAACGGCACCGUUGAAUGCAGCCCCUCUUGAGGUGGAAAGCACCAGAGCCAUCAACGCAUUCUUGUUCAGCCGUUUCAACGCGAUCUCUUCUUCAGGAACACCCGAAGAGAGAUCAGCUCAGGUACUCGAACAUCUUUGGCGUGGGGCGCGAGUACCAGAAGCUCCCAUGGGGCUUGUCCACGACCCGGCCCUGCAGUUCCUCGCCGCGAGACGCCAAACAAGUCCGCCUCCCCCCGAGAUGGGCGAGCACGAGUGGCAUGAGACUGCCAACGUACCGCUUCAAAGUACCGAGUCUGUCAAAGAGACGACGACGACGACUGUGGCGGCGACGGCUUCUGAUUGCGUAGGAACAGCGCACAUUAGCACGAUGAGCCCCGGGGCGGCUUCAUCUCGCGUCGCCCCAGAGCGCUCUACCACACAGACACGUACAGAGCACAGCCUCGCCGCGAAGAGCCCUGCAGCUGAGGCGCCCAAAAAGCAAGCAUCUGCGGCGAGAGAGUCUGAAAAGUCUUCUACUGGGCCGCAAUUGCAGCCUGCCGCAGCCCAAUCUGAGCUUCGCCUGAUGGUGGUUGGACCGAGACUGCUCAAUAAAUGGAAGGAAGCACCGCCCCUUCAAGAUCUAACGAUGGCAAGGAUCAAAAGGGAAAUCCCGCUGGAACUGAGUUCCCAGUUCCGAGGGUUCAAGUUUACUCUUCUCGGGCCAGAAAGUCGGCGGCAUCAAUUUGAGAUAAGGGAUGGUGAUGAGCAAGAAUUUGUACACCUCAAAUUUGACGUUCAAGAAGUAAUGGAGGACACGGAGGAGCAAAAUCAAGGUCAAAGCGAAUAUCUUGGGUUCCAGCUGCGUAUCGAGGAACUGAGGGACACUGGCGUCAGAGAGGACAGGGCCGAUUCUUGA